GUGUUAAGACUCGGUGGUUUGGAGAGCAGGGAGUAGAGGAGCUCUUCUGUUUGGUCGGAUAUGAAUCCGUUUGGGCUGCUGCUUUCGGUUUACUUCAUCUGCCUCGCUGUCGCAGGAAAUGGAGAGAUUAAUCCUCUUAUUACUGAGGAGAAGUUGUUGUGGGUGGGUGGUGGAGCUGGAGAAGUGCACACAUACCGAAUCCCUCUGUUGACCUUUACCACCCACGGAAGCCUGCUGGCAUUUGCUGAGGGCCGAAAAACAUCUAGUGGUGACAUGGAGGCCAAAUUUAUUGCCCUGAGACGCUCCACAGACAGAGGUGCAACCUGGUCUCCGACCUCCUAUAUAGUGAAUGAUGGGAUCCACACAGAUGGGUCAAACUUGGGCUCCAUUGUUGUGGAUGAAGAAACAGGUGCUCUGUUGCUGAUCUAUUCUUUGUGCUUCUACCGCUACCACUGCAGCCCCCCCAGCACCAUGUUAAUAGAGAGCCUGGAUGAUGGUCUGACCUGGAGUGCUCCACGCAACCUCUCUGUCCAGCUUGGGGUCAAGAGCUUUAUCCCAGGGCCGGGCUUUGGUAUUCAGAAACGUUAUCCGCCUGCUAAGGGCCGCCUGGUGGUCUGUGGGCAUGGCACUAUUGUGGGCGAUGGGGUUUUCUGCAUCCUUAGUGAUGAUCACGGGCGAACAUGGAGGAAUGGAGCUGCACUGAAGAGCAUCCCCUACAACCAGCCCAAACAGAAACAGGACUUCAACCCAGAUGAGUGUCAGCCUGUGGAACUCCAGAAUGGAAGUAUAGCCAUUUUUGUGAGAAACCAGAACAACUACCACUGUCACUGCCGGAUGGUGGUGCGCAGUCUGGACGGGGGUGAGACGCUGCCUGUGGAGGAGCUAAAGUUUGACCAAACGCUGGUUGAUCCUGUGGUGGCGGCUGGAGCUCUACAGAAAGAUGGAGUGCUGUACUUCAGCAACCCCGCUAAUUCACAAAACAGGGUCAAUAUGACUCUCCGCUGGUCUCUAACUGAUGGUGAGAAUUGGAACAAUGAGGUGCUGCAGAUUUGGCAGGGGCCAAGUGGCUAUUCUUCUUUAACAUCGCUCAAAGGUGACAAUCCUGAAGAUAAGAAACACAUCUUUAUCAUCUAUGAAAAAGGACAAAAGGACUAUUGUGAGACUGUGUCUUUUGCAAAAAUCCACCUGUAUGGAGGCAUAUAGAAGAAAACUAAAUAAACAGAGUUUUGAGUUCUGAAAGGUGAAAAAAAGGGAAAAUGUACUAAUUCUUACUUUCCAGCACCAAGUUUACUGCAACCUGAGGUGCUACACAUUUGAAUGCUAAAAUAUGUGAUGUAAAAUCAUCUGAAAUGGGGCAAAGACAAUCUUAGCCUCUAAGAUCUUAUUUAGCUUAUUUAGCUAAGCUCACGUAUUAAAAUACAAAGGUAAUCAUUGUUAUGUUUUACCUUUUAGCACUGUGAUAAUCAUUUUGUAAUUCUAAAAUUUCUGUAUGUUUAGUUCUGUUCACUUUUAAUUUGAUGUAGGUGGACAACAAGACUUUUUUUUCACACCUCUUACCUCACAUAUUUUAAGUUGAUUAAUUCCAGAUUAAAAGCUCCUAAAAACAGUAAAAACUGACAGUGAAUAUUUGAUCAAAAUAUUUUAUUUACAUUGGCUACUAUUUUUGUGUAUAAUUAAAUCAGUACAAAAUCUAUAAUAAACUAUGAUAAGAA